AUGUCAAGAGUCCCGAGUCCCCCUCCCCCUGCGGAAAUGUCCAGCGGGCCUGUGGCCGAGAGCUGGUGUUACACACAGAUCAAAGUGGUGAAGUUCUCGUACAUGUGGACCAUCAACAACUUCAGCUUCUGUCGUGAGGAGAUGGGGGAGGUCAUCAAGAGCUCCACCUUCUCCUCUGGGGCCAAUGACAAACUCAAAUGGUGUUUGCGAGUCAAUCCUAAAGGCCUGGAUGAGGAGAGUAAAGACUACCUUUCUCUCUAUCUGCUGCUGGUCAGCUGUCCUAAGGCAGAGGUCCGCGCCAAGUUCAAAUUUUCCAUUCUAAAUGCUAAAGGAGAGGAGACCAAAGCAAUGGAAAGCCAGAGAGCGUAUCGCUUUGUCCAGGGCAAAGACUGGGGCUUUAAGAAGUUCAUCCGGAGAGACUUUCUGCUGGACGAGGCCAACGGCCUUUUACCAGACGACAAACUGACUCUUUUCUGUGAGGUGAGCGUGGUGCAGGACUCCGUCAACAUCUCGGGGCAGAACACCAUGAACAUGGUGAAGGUUCCGGACUGUCGUUUGGCUGACGAGCUCGGGGGCCUCUGGGAAAACUCUCGCUUCACAGACUGCUCCCUGUGUGUGGCAGGACAGGAGUUCCAGGCUCACAAAGCCAUCUUAGCAGCGCGCUCACCAGUGUUCAGUGCCAUGUUUGAACACGAGAUGGAGGAGAGCAAGAAGAACCGUGUGGAGAUCAACGACGUGGAGCCGGAGGUCUUUAAGGAGAUGAUGUGCUUCAUUUACACUGACAAAGCUCCAAACCUGGACAAGAUGGCGGACGAUCUACUUGCAGCCGCUGAUAAGUACGCUCUGGAGAGGCUGAAGGUGAUGUGUGAGGACGCCCUGUGCACCAGUCUGUCUGUGGAUAACGCAGCGGAGAUCCUGAUCCUCGCCGACCUGCACAGCGCCGACCAGCUCAAAACACAGGCCGUCGACUUCAUCAACUACCACGCCGCGGAGGUGAUGGAGACCGCCGGCUGGAAGUCCAUGGUGGGGUCCCAUCCUCACCUCGUCGCCGAAGCUUACCGCUCGCUGGCCUCAGCUCAGUGCCCCUUCCUGGGCCCCCCUCGAAAGCGUCUCAAACAGUCGUAA